GCAAGAUGAGACAUCUGGAUCUAAGUUAUAAUAAUUUUGACGAGGAUGCCUUCAGGAUUUUGGGUGCUCUCCCAUCCCUUAAGUUUCUAUCCUCAGUGUUCAAUAGCAUGGAAGGACCACUUUCUAACCAAGAAUUGACUUAUAAUCUUAGCAAUUUGGAGGUCCUCCUCCUCAGAGGAAAUCUGCUCAAUGGAACACUACCAAUGGAAGGUUUGACAUCCUUCCGCCAUCUUCAGAUCUUAGCUUUGAGUGAGAAUAAUUUCUUUGCAAGUAUUCUUCAUCCAUAGGAGCAUUAUCUUCUCUGAAAGCUCUAUCUCUGGCUUAAAAUAAUCUUAGUGGUUCUUUACCAAUUCAAGGUAAAAAU